AUGCAUAACACUACGCGUAAUGAGAGGAUGGAGCCCAUGUCAGUUAACACCCAGAUCGGGGUCGUGUUUGUCGUCUUUACUACGCUCGUUUUUCUCCGAGUAUAUACGAUCGGUAGUCGGGGUAAAGAGCUCCCACCUGGCCCCAAGACAAUACCUAUUCUAGGAAACGCACUGAACUUCCCUACCUACUUUCCUCAUAUCAAAUUCUCGGAAUGGGCUCGUGAGUAUGGGGAGAUUUACUCGCUUAAAGUUUUAAACGGGACGAUGAUCGUUCUCUCUUCUGCGACGGCUAUCAAAAGUGUUCUUGACAUCAAUGGGUUGAAUACAGGCAAUCGACCUGAGUCUACUAUAAUACGGCGGGUAACCAAUGGCAAUGUCCAAGCAUUAGAGGAUAUGGACAGGCCAGCUUGGAGGCGUAGUCGAAAAGCUAUGCAUAUUUUUAUCACGGAAUAUAUUUUAGGGUCACACACUCAGGCUCAAGAUGCCGAGUACUCGCAGCUUAUGAACGACAUUCUUGAAGAUCCGAAGAAUACUUUUGAGCAUAUCAGUCGAAUGGCUGUAGGUGUACUAAUCACAACUCUCUAUGGAUCUAGGGUUCCGAAAUACCGGGGCUCAGAAGCAGAAACAUAUUUCCGCGGGGUCAAACUGAUGAAUAAAGUCACUGACCCCGGGGCUCAUCCGCCAGUCGACAUCUUGUGGCCGUUGAGAUAUGUUCCGAAACGUUGGGCGUACUGGAAAAGACUCGCCGACAUGACGCGAGAGACCUGUGCUCAAGUCUUUGAUCCGCUUUAUAAGCAAUGUGAACGUGCGAUAGAGCUAAAUAAGAAAACUGGAUGCUUCGUCGAGUAUUUAAUUAUGAAUCAGCAACAGCUAGGCAUGUCACACCCAGAGAUCACCGGCUUAGCCGAGGGCUUGAUGGAUGCUGGCGCAGAAGCUACCGCUUCAUUUCUUCAAAGCAUCAUAUUGGUUCUGAUUAAUUACCCUCAUGUACAAGAGAAAGGCCAAAAAGAGAUUGACAGCAUUAUUGGCGGCGAUCGGUGGCCGGCCUUAGACGACUACGACAGGUGUCUAUACAUUCGCGCAAUUGUUGAAGAAUUAUUUCGAUUUAGGCCAGUUUUCCCUGUAGGUAUUCCUCAUAGAAGUGCGAAGGAAACUUACUAUAAGGAAUACCGUAUCCCGGAGAACUCAGUCAUCUUCAUGAACAUAUAUGGGCUUUUCCACGACCCAGACUUGUACGAUGACCCGGAGACAUUUGAUCCCGAGCGAUUCCUAAAGUCUCCUUUUGGGACGAAAAAAGGAGUGGAUACAGGGGCAUAUAGGAAUAACCUUGCGUUUGGGGCUGGGCGGCGGAUUUGUGCCGGAGAGGAAUUGGCUCGUCGGUUGAUCGCACAGAAUGUGAUGAACUUGCUUUGGGCGUUCAGCUUUAAAAAGGACGGUUCUGGGACAGGGGGUAUGGAUAUUGAUUCUUAUUCUAGGCCAGGUAUCGAACUUGCGCCGAAGCAUUUUACGUGUGAUAUUACACCACGAUCUAAGGAUAAAGCAUGUGCAAUUAAGAACCGGUUUGAGAAAGCAUUUCCCAUUGACGCCAACAGCUCUAUAGGAGUUAAAGAAUAA